AUGUUAAACAGAAACAAAAUUUCAUUGGUAUCACGAAAUUCAUUGGUACUGAUCCCGAAGACCAUAAUGACAAUUUCUUUUUUGAUCCAUUCUUUUCAGAUUGCUCUUCUCGGGAUAAUAUUCAACGUCCUAGCAUUACAUACAGUGCGCAUGAACCCAGCACUCAGAAGCUCUUUUGGACUCCUUUGCCUUUCACAUUGUAUUGCUAACCUCGGCGUGAUGAUCGUAUUCAUAAGUUACAUAAUGGCUAGCCAGAUAAGAACUGCAAGCAUGGCUACUGAACUGCCUGGAAAAAUAUUUGGGCAGCUGAUCAUGUUCUUCUGGGACGUAUGCGUCUACACUCAUCUGCUUAUAUCAGUCAAUCGACUCAUUGCAAUUUCGAUGCCUUAUCGUGCGAAGCAUGUUCUUGAAAAGAACUGUACACUCUGCUUCAUUGCUGUGGUUUGGUUUAUCGCAUUCUGUCAUGUGGUCCCGUAUUUCUGGGUCGAUUCGUGCUACGUUGUCUUCGAUACGCAGAACUGGGUAUGGACAUUUGCUGAUACAAGGUGUGGCUAUGUUAUUUCAACAUAUACAGACCUCUAUACUGGCUGCACAUGGUGCGCAGUUAAAAUAAUGACUCUACAGCAGUCUCAAGGGUCUUGCACAACGAACCCUCUGCGUCAGUCACGAAGAAAGGUUGAAGUUCGAUUUUUUUGUCAAGUGAGUUUCCUUUUCCUUAUGUUGUAA